CACGGCAUACAGCUAGCAUAGCCAGCGGUCUUGUGCUCGAAGAGACAGUUGCUCGUCGAAUCUUUGCCUGUAACGAGAGACAGCCGACUUCGCCGUUCGCUCACGUCAGUAAGUGGAUCAGCAUGGAGAGCUCCGGUCUGCAGCGCAGCUUCUUGGUCGCGGCGCUUCUCGUCACCUGCCUUGCUGUCGCUCUCGACGCCGCGGCCGUCAGAACGAGGAGGGACGUUGACGAAUCGACGAAUGAGAACCACGUCAAGAUGUGUCAUGCCAGUACGCCGUGCGGGUGGGCUGUCUACGUUCCCUACACCAGGCGUGUCGACUACUUCAUGAAGAACACGUGCGAGUGCCCGAAAGGCAAGACGUGCACCAGGACGGAUGAUGACCUCUCCGUGUCUGCUUACGUGUACAGGUGCAGAGACGCGUAGAUCGCAGUAUCAGCGGUCCCUGCAACACCACUGCGCGGGCAGCCACACGAUUCUGCUACUACCGAUGCAUAACUUGUUCCUAUUGUCUACAUCUCAGCAGCAGUUCGUCGUCCACAUCAAAUCUUCAUUUUCCUUCAAACCAUUUUUUCAGCUUACAUUCAUCAACUCUUUAUGUACGGAGAUCAGUUCCUAUGUUCAUGGAACGCUCAAGUGGUCCAUUAGAUGGGAGAAUUAAAAGUUAGUUUGAAGAAGAUAUUUGAUCUUAAAUUGAUAUGUGUACGUUGGUUGGUCCAGAACGAAAGUAGUGCCUCAUAUUUUUUACUUCAUCCAUGACACCAGUUCCAAAUAUUUUUGCAAAAUAACUUACUACAAUAGCUUAUUGUAGAGACAUUUUUUCAUACAGAAAACCCUCUUUAUACGAAAUUUUUGUCCCCUUUCUUCAACCAUUCAGUAUUCACGUUUCCCCAAGUAGGAACCUGUAUUUCAGUCAGUGUGAACUUGUGUCCACUGAUAACUUGUGAGAUCUGGUCAUGCCGCUGGCAGUCACAACAUCGAAUUCAUAACACCUCUGUUGAUAUGUUUUAUUUACUCGCGUGAAAGGCCAGUACUGUAGGGUCAUAGCUUAGUAUUGGCUGGAUAUGCGUAUUUAGUUACUUGGGAAGGAAACAGUAGUCUCUUAUUUAAAACAGGAACUUAAGAUGAGGUACUAUGUUUUGUUCAGACGGCUCUUCAGUAUUCUUCUAAUCAGUGCAGCAGAGCACAUAGCCACAGAAGACGAAUGCACUGCCCAACAUUAAUGUGGUAAUAUGUUCUACCACACAAAAUUUGUUAAAGAAACCUCUUUAUUCAAUUUAAUGAAUACUAGAAAACUCAGCAGCUGAUAAAUUAAGAUUUCACUGUCGU